CAUUCCAUUAUUUGUGUUGGAGGAGGAAGUCGCGUGCGCUUUCACUUUUGACAUAGGCUAUAUGAUUACAUUUUGACGAGAUAUAAUGAAGUUCACUCAUCAAAUUUCUGCGACCUCCGGGAACUUGGACGACAAAGAAAGAGGAACACUUGGAAGAACAUUCCACAUGUUCUUAUCCGGUCGAAAGGAUCAAUGAUUGUUCUAUGGAAAGCACGAGGGAUAAAAACAGCAGGAAGUCGCAUAAUAAUGGAGUGGCUUGCAGCGCACCUACUAAAUACCCGUCUACUGCACCUACUUGUAACUGGCGGGUCCAGAGCAGGUUUCGGACAGAUCUCACUCCACCACCGCUUGAAGGUGCCUCUUGGUCAGCAGAGUGUGAUAAGGACGUCUACAUUACUCAGUUAGUACAGCGACUGGAAAGUCUGUACAUGUCUGUGGCAGUGAACACACAACAGGUAUCUUUGGUAGGCAGCAUUUCUAAUGCCUGUAUGGCACAGGAACCACCCACCUGUUGCAGCCAAACAAAAUCAUCCAAAGUCUCAAAGCAACAUCAUAAAACCCAGUUAAGGAUGCUGUCACACAGAUGGCAGAGGCUUGGUCUUCAGCCUCCAAUCCUCUGGGACACACAAGAACACAUUUCUCAACAUAAACCUGAGGUAGAAACCAGAAUAGAACUGGAAAUCCACCCCAUACAGGUCAGACGCAUUGUUUCUCCAAGGGGCGAACGACCAGAUGAGAUCAAGGCAAUCAGUAAUUCCCUUUGUAGCAGAUCCAAUAAUGAACCAUCCGAAUCAGUCGAAUCUGAAAACAGUGACCUCUCUGACCAAGAGAAAGACAAUAAACCUAUAUUAAAAUGGGAAACUGCUGUAGAAUUGGACCUGAGGCCAGACUCAUUUGAUAGAGAUCUAGAACUUGCAGAAGGAAAAGGAGAGCAAGUGUAUCCUGAGGUUCUUCCAUUUCCACUCAAAGAGCUCAACUUUAGUCAGUUGCUAUCCAUAGCAGAUGAUCUGGAUAGCCAGCACAACCUGUGUUUAACUGACCCUUGUCUCCCAGCUAUGGCUGCACGCAUGAUAAAGCUGGAGAAACUUCAAACUGCGACUAUACAGAAAGAACAAGGAAAAGCAGCCAGAUCUCGUCCAGCAACUGCUUUGGUUCGAAGCGCCAGUCGUCUGAGACGUGUGGAAAGCCCUUGUUCUCAGGUAGAACACUUCAGGACUAAAGGAAAUAAUUCAGGUUUAGAAGAUGUUACAAAACGCAACCUCUCUACAAGCACUCAUUCAAAGUCUAUGCAAUGUAAUCGCCCCUCGCCAAAUUCUGGGAAGAUGUGGAUUGGAUUUCAGCAGCCACCAGCUUUACCCAAGAAGCCACACUCUGGUGUGGUCAAAUUAAAGAAGACUGAAGCCCUUGUUCAAGAUCUUGUUGUUAAUUCGAGCAUGUCACUAAAAUGCAAUAGUCCAAAUAGUUCCAAGAGAUGCAAACCCACAAAGAAAGCCAUGCCAAAGCAUCAGAAGACUUCCUCUGAAAAGUCUAGUGUUCCUGCUAAAGCUCUUUGCAAGAAAACAAUUAUUUUUUAAGCUUGAAGAUUGACAGUGUGUUAUUACCUGUGUGCAUGUUACUGUAUUUAUUGUUUCAAAUUCAAUACAAGUUGA